GCACUCUCCAUUAGUGAGGUGACAGGACACUUCUCUGUCUCUCCAUAUUUUCUCUCUUUCUCACUCUCCCUCGCUCCCUUCCUCCUUAGCUUCCUUUAACAGCAGGGAUGUAGUCCUCUGCCUGUUUCAAACUUCAGCACCUGCUAUGCUGUGAACUCCUUGGUGACCUCUAUUGAUUCUAUUGAGACCGCUCCUUACUGAGAUAUUUUGCUCCACUUGUUUGAGAGGAUCUAAGAGGACCUUAUUGGGUUUGGAAGUUGUUUGAUUUCUCUCUAUACCCUGGUACAACUACAGGACCAUGGCCAUGAAGGAGACCAUUCUGCCCAUCAGUGAGGUGUCUGGCCCGGCCCCGUUGCCCUACCCGGAGGUAGUGGAGCUCAACGUGGGUGGCCAGGUGUAUGUCACGAAACGCUCUACCCUGGUCAGCGUGCCCGACACCACCCUGCACGCCAUGUUCACCCGGUGCCCGCCACGGGAGCUGCCAAGGGACAGCCGCGGGCGCUUCUUUAUCGACCGCGAUGGCUUCCUGUUCCGCUACGUGCUGGACUUCCUGCGAGACCGCCAGCUGGUGCUGCCCGACCACUUCCCUGAGCGUGAGCGCCUGCAGAGGGAAGCCGAGCACUUCCAGCUGGGCGAACUGCUGCGCCUCCUGGGGCCCCGGGUGGGUUCCAAGCAGGGCUCCAUGAAUGAUGAAGGCUGCCACAGCGAUAUUGAGGAGAGCUCACAAAGCAGUGAGUACCCCACAGGUCGUACCUUGACUUCCUCAGACAAGAGGUCAGGGUUCAUCACCAUCGGCUAUAGGGGAUCCUACACCACGGUGCGGGACAAUCAAGCCGACGCCAAGUUCCGACGCGUGGCCAGGAUCAUGGUGUGUGGACGCAUCGCCCUGGUCAAAGAGGUGUUUGGGGAAACACUGAACGAGAGCCGGGACCCAGACCGGCCGCCGGAGAAGUACACGUCAAGGUUUUACCUCAAGUUCACCUACUUGGAGCAGGCAUUUGACCGGCUUUCUGAGGCGGGCUUUACAAUGGUGGCUUGUAAUUCCACGGGAACAGCCGCUUUUGUCAACCAGUACAGGGACGACAAACUCUGGAGCAGCUACACAGAGUACAUCUUCUUCAGGCCGGCAUCGAAGAUCAUCUCCCCCAAGCAGGACUGUGAGGAGCGCCAGAAGGACAAAUUGGGCACCGACAAGGGCAGCGAGAGCGGCACCUCCCUCAACGAACUCUCCACCUCCAGCUCCGAGACCCACUCUGAGGCCACCUCACCCCAGGACGGCCCCAACUUGGGUGGGGGAGGCGGUGGGGGAUCCAUGGCCCCCUGCGGAGCCCUCCAGUCUGUCUCUCGGCAGCCCAGCACCCUCACCCUUGGGCGGCCCUCCAAGAAGGGCUCGUCAGUGCAGUGGAUGCAGCUGCCAGAUAAGCGACGCAACAGCGAGCUCUUCCAGUCGCUGAUGGGGCGUGAGGGCGGCCUGAGCAGGAAGAAGAACACGGAGAGACCCAGUGCAGAGGAAGAGAUGAAGCAGUGCAUACAGGACUUUAACAACAUCAAAAUCCCACAGGCUUUCCCCGAGCGCAAGAGGCAGUGGCAGUCCGAACUACUCCAAAAGUACGGUCUAUAGGGACCCUUUUCUAUCACCAUGCCACAAGCAGUAGUCAUUUAAUUUGGAUUCCCUCCAUUUGGCUGGUUUUAAGUGCAAAGAUUCAUUAUAAAAUGUCUUCCAGUUCAAAUGAAGUUAAAAGGAUGAUCAACAAACUGUUUUUGUGAGGGGAGGCACAAGGUUAGUAAGCACAUGCAUUUCUGGGGCACAUGUUAAAAGAAGCACAGCAGAACUCCCCUUUACCGGUAUGUUGUCUCUUCAGUUCUAGAUUGCAUUGGAGAUUACGUUUGAAACAAUAUGCCUAUGUGAACAGUAUAUGACUACUGUACAUUUGUCCAGUUUAUUAGGUACACCACCCCGUUCACAAAAAUGGUUCGCUCCUACAGACAGCGAGUCAGGUGGCUGUGGCAUGCUAUAUACAGUGCCUUGCGAAAGUAUUCGGCCCCCUUGAACUUUGCAACCUUUUGCCUCAUUUCAGGCUUCAAACAUAAAGAUAUAAAACUGUAUUUUUUUGUGAAGAAUCAUCAACAAGUGGGACACAAUCAUGAAGUGGAACGACAUUUAUUGGAUAUUUCAAACCGAAUACUUUCGCAAGGCACUGUAAACCAUGCAGACAUGCAAAGAGGCAUUCAGUUACUGUUCGACUGAAAGUUAGAAUGGGCAAAAUACAGCUGAAGUCAGAAGUUUACAUACGCCUUAGUCAAAUACAUUUAAACUCAGUUUUUCACAAUUCCUGACAUGUACUCCAAGUAAGAAUUCCCUGUCUUAGGUCAGUUAGGAUCACCACUUUAUUUUAAGAAUGUUAAAUGUCAGAAUAAUAGUAGAGUGAAUGAUUCAUUUCAGCUUUUAUUUCUUUCAUCACAUUCCCAGUGGGUCAGAAGUUUACAUACACUCAAUUAGUAUUUGAUAGCAUUGCCUUUCAAUUGUUUAACUUGGGUCAAAUGUUUUGGGUAGCCUUCCACAAGCUUCCCACAAUAAGUGGGUGAAUUUUGGCCCAUUCCUCCUGACAGAGCUGGUGUAACUGAAUCAGGUUUGUAGGCCUCCUUGCUCGCACACGCUUUUUCAGUUCUACCCACACAUUUUCUAUAGGAUUGAGGUCAGGACUUUGUGAUGGCCACUCCAAUACCUUGACUUUGUUGUACAUUUUGCCACAACUUUGGAAGAAUGCUUGGGGUCAUUGUCCAUUUGGAAGACCCAUUUUUGACCAAGCUUUAACCUGAUGUCUUGAGAUUCUGCUUCAACAUAACCACACAACUUUUCAUCCUCACGAUGCCAUCUAUUUUGUGAAGUGCACCAUUCCCUCCUGCAGCAAAGCACCCCCACAACAUGAUGCUGCCACCCCGUGCUUCACGGUUGGGAUGGUGUUCUUUGGCUUUCAAGCCUCUCCCUUUUACCUCCUAACAUAAUGAUGGUCAUUAUGGCCAAACAAUUCUAUAUUUGUUUCAUCAGACCAGAGGACAUUUCUCCAAAUUGCAUGAUUUCUGUCCCCAUUUUUUUAACCUAGACAAGUGAGUUAAGAACAAAUUCUUAUUUUCAAUGACAGCCUAGGAACAGUGGGUUAACUGCCUGUUCAGGGGCAGAAUGACAGAUUUGUACCUUGUCAGCUUGGGGAUUUGAACUUACAACCUUUUGGUUACUAGUCUGACACCUGAACCACUAGGCUACUCUGCCACCCUAUGUGCAGUUACAAACCGUAGUCUGGCUUUUUUUUAUACCCGGUACGAUGGGUGUACCUAAUAAACUGGUAACUGAGUGGAUAUUUCCAUUAUUUGACACAUUCAGUGUGAAUGCAGAUGACUGUUAAGAAAUAAGAUAACAUAGAUAAACUGUAUAAAAGACUGAAAGUACAUUAUUCUCUCUGUAGAUAAUUAAGUGUUCAACAUGUGAAUUGUUUGUAAAUCCACAUAGUGGAAAGAGUGGAAGAUGUGGAAGAUGUCCAUUCAGUAUCUACCAUGGACGUCCUUUGUGUUUACUGUUGUUGUCCAUGGUCAAUAUGUGCGUAAUGACAUUUAUUGCUACUUUUCUAUUCUACAAUAAAAUAUAUCAUGUUAUGACA